AUGCAGGAAGCAUACAGAAAAGAUGUGGAGAGAGCAUUUGGUAUUCUCCAAGCUCGUUGGGCAAUCAUAAGAGGACCAGCUCGUGGGUGGAGUAAGGAGAACCUUCAAUACAUCAUGAUGACGUGCAUUAUCUUGCACAAUAUGAUUGUUGAAGAUGAGCAUGAUGAAGAUGCAGCAGAGCCAUUUGAUCAGGAUGAUAUCCCAACCAGACUAAGGAAAGCAGAGAUAUAUAAGAGACCAGUAAUGGACACCGAUGUUCAUCGCAAUCCGCAACAACUAAAUCAAUUCUUGCGUCGUUAUAGGGAGUUUGUGCACUCUUGUACAAAUUACAGAGCCCGUGCUUAUUCGAUUAAUCGAGUUUUAUGGACACCUUCUGGGACGCGUCUUAUUACAGGCUCUCAAAAUGGGGAGUUCACUCUUUGGAAUGGUCAGUCAUUUAACCAUGAAUUGAGGAUUCAGGCUCAUGAUCAUGCAAUCAGGUCCAUGGCGUGGAGUUUUGAUGAUGAAGAUUGGAUCUCUGGUGAUGAUGGAGGCACAAUCAGGUAUUGGAAGAGUAACAUGAAUAAUGUGCUAGUCAAUGAAUCUGCUCACCAAGAAUCGGUUCGGGACUUGAGCUUUUGUAGGAGUAAUUUGAAGUUUUGUUCAUGUUCGGAUGAUACUACUGUUAAAAUCUGGGAUUUUGAACGGGGCCAACAAGAGCAUACAUUGACCGGCCGUGGUUGGAAUGUCAAGUGUGUUGACUGGCACCCCACAAAGUCUCUACUAGCUUCGGGUGGGAAAGACAGUGUUGUCAAACUGUGGGAUGCUAGGUCAGGGAGAAAUGGUAACUGGCUGCUAACUGCUUCCAAGGAUCAAGUCAUUAAGCUUUACGACUUGAGGGCUAUGAAGGAACUUGAAUCUUUCCGCGGCCACCGGAACCAAUGGCAUCCUAUUGGUCAUAUGAUUUGUAGUGGUAGCAAUGAUCGCACCACAAAGUUUUGGUGCAGAACAGGAGAUAAAUCUAAAAUCAGUCAGAAUCAUCAAAGUAUUGGUAAACAAAAUUCUGCUUUUGCUUGUCACAUGAACAGUAAUGUUCCUUUUCCAUUUCAUGGACCACCAACUAUUGCUACUCGAGACGAAGGAACCAUUGUUUCAGGUGUUGGAACCAUUAUACCAGGUGUUGGAAUUGCGGUUUAA